AUGAGUUCUCAGAAAGGAAAUGUAUCGCGAUCUCGAAGACAGAAACAUCAAAACACCUCUGCCUUCAAAAACGACAAGUAUGGAGCGAGUGCACAAGUAAAGAAAGCAAACUCAAAGAUCCACGAUGGGCUCUGUCAACAUUGCAAAGGUGUGCUUGAGUGGAAAGUGAAGUACAACAAAUACAAACCACUAACCCAGUCUAAAAGAUGUGUAAAGUGUUCCCAAAAGACUGUGAAAGACGCAUAUCACAUAGUUUGUAAGCAAUGCUCACUUCAGUUAGAGAUCUGCUGCAAGUGUGGGAAGAAAGAAGACAUUGUCAUUCCGUAA